AUGGAAAUAAGGUGCAGUAUUAUCCAUGGGCGACUCUCUUCUGCAACACCGCAAAGGGCUUUCACUAUCCUUGAUCAUAUUGAUCCCUCAAUCCCGAAGCCUAUCAAUGUUUCUGAUGAAUUGUGGGAUCGACUCGAUGUUAUUAUUCUUCAGUGGGUGUAUAGAACCAUAUCCACUAAUCUCUUGUAUAAGAUUCUUGUUGACAAAGCCACUGCUAUGGGAACUUGGUUAGCUGCCAUGGAUCAUCCAAUUUCAGAGGAGUGCCUUGUUCUUCAAUUAACAAGAAAGCUUACCCUUGAGUACAAUAUGGUUGCCACUCUAAUUCAGCAAUCGGUCCCGUUGCCUAGCUUUGACAAAGCAUGCUCAAUGCUCGAGCUAGACCGAACAUCACGAGAGAAGAAUCAGGAUACUCAGGACUCUUAUGCCACUGUUCUACUCUCUACUUCAGUGAACUCUUCUUCCAAUUCGUCGCAGCAGCAGCAACACUCACAAAACCCUGCUGGCCAUGGGGGUAGCAGUGCUAAUCGUGGAAAUAAUAAGAAAAAUAAUACUAAGGGUGUUAGUCGUGGUGCUGGAGGUGCUGGCCGUGGUAACUCCAAUAAGCAACAACAACAAUUCCAAUAG